AUUGCGAUGUGUGUUACAACUUGGCACCUUUACCCAUGACGACCAACCCGUCUCAUAUACUUAUCGCACGAAACUCAAGAGGACCCAACAAUCCUUCUGCUUCCCUUAGCUCACCCACCGAAACUCACGCUGCCGCUGCUGGUAUCUUUAGGUCAUCGGGUUCUCCUCCCUGGCUUCUAGAGGAAUGCGAAACAGACGACAUCGUUUCCGAACUAAGCAUCGAUGAAGACGAUGAAGCCAUUGAAAUUGAUGAAACGUUCACGAAGAAUGCCCAAUUUCCAGGAACCGUCAAGAUUGUAGUCGAGAGUACUACUUUCUGGGCGCACAAGGAAGUCCUGUUCUUUGCAUCCCCCUUUUUUGAAGCCGCUCUCAGCGGAAACUGGGCAGAAACUGGCAGACCUCCAUCUAUGUCAUCCGUGAUCACAAUAUCGCAGCCACCCUCGGUACCAAAUUCAAGCAACCGAAGCCGCGAGCUGCCGACCGAAAUGAUGUUUGCCCCAAUGGAAGAGAACGAAGACUUAGAGGUGGUUUCUGAUGUCGAGGUUUUCAAGUCCGAUUCCCAUACCGACAACGGCUUAACAGCCAGCGAUUCUGAAACAAGCGAUGAUGAAGGAUUAAAACUACGAGCUCGUGCCCGGGACGACAGUUUGACAAAACUGCAGAAUAACUAUUAUCGCUCCUCUCCAACGUCCCGCUCCAUUCAGACCCCCAGCAUAACAUCCAGCAAGAAGCCUGUGAGGGCAGCUAUCCAAAGUCGGCCCAACAAUGGUCCCGACGCUGUGAUAGUGUUAAAAGAGGAAAGAGCGGGUACUUUCCACGACUUUCUGAAAUUCGUGUAUCCUCACCUGGAAUGUACUAUAACAUGGAACAAUGUCGAGGGUCUCAUGAACAUAUCCCACAAACUCUGUGUACCUUCACUACAAUGCGAGUGCUUGAAAUUCCUCCUCACACACGCGGCGGGCAAGCCAAUCAAAGCCAUGCGAAUUGCCGAACUUUUCGAGGAGGAAGAGCUGUAUCGCGAAUCCAGCCGUUUUGUUUUGGACAAUCCUGGCGGGUGGUCAGAGCAUGAACUGAAUACUUUGAGUCAAGAAACCCUUCUGAAAUUGGAGAAAAGGCGAAGUUGGUUCCUUGAAAGGGUUUUAAAGAUUGGUUUGACCACGGUAUCGAAAGAAUAUCAAUGUUGUGCAACUUGCCCCGAUCCUCCGACUUGCGCUCGACUGUUAGAGGAAAAAUGGCGUCAAGCUUAUCACGCUGUAUUCCGUUUCGGUCCACCUCAACCUUCUAUGGUAUAUCGAUAUCUCCGAAUGCUGGAGGGUGUCAGCCCGCCGCUGUCACUUACUCAACUAAGUUGCCAAACCACAGCCAAGGCCUUCAUAGCCACCCUUUUCGACCGAAUGUUCUCGCUCGGGGUGAGAGGAAGCGGAACAGGUGACGCGGCCCCUAUUGGAUCAAGGGUCGCAGCGGCGGUUGCAGGUGGCUCAACAGGACCACGACGACAUUUCCUGUAUUGCACAUUGAAACCCGAACCAGCUCCUCGACCUCGAAAAUCUCGCGAGUUACCUUGAAACCGGUGUCUUGUGCAACAAUAUGUAUGAAGUAACUCACCAUGAGGACUCUCGAAGAUCCGGGCCUUAC